AUGUCCUGCCAGCAGAACCAGCAGCAGUGCCAGCCUCCUCCCAAGUGCCCUCCCAAGUGCCAGACUCCUAAAUGCCCUCCAAAGUGUCCCCCUAAGUGCCCUCCCAAGUGCCCCCCUGUGUCUUCCUGCUGCAGCUCUGGUGGCUGCUGUGGCUCCAGCUCUGGUGGCUGCUGCAGCUCUGGGGGUGGAGGCUGCUGCCUGAGCCACCACAGACCCCGCAGAUCUUUCCGUCGCCAUCGCCACAGCUCUGGAUGCUGUAGCAGUGGUGGCAGCAGUGGCUGCUGUGACAGCAGUGGAGGCUGCUGUGGCAGCAGUGGUGGCAGCAGUGGUGGCUGCUGUGGCAGCAGCUGUGGUGGUAGCCAGCAGUCUGGGGAUUGCUGCUGACCUGAGCAACUAACACAUUAGAUAAGCCAUUCAGGAGGAAGCCAUGUUCAGAAGACCUUCCCUGGCUUGUUCUACUCUCUUGCUGCCCUCUGUGUCUUGGGCUCUACGAUGCUGUAAUCCUGUGAGAUGUUUUGAAUAUGCCCUUUUGAAGGGUCUGUCUUCUUGUGGACAAAAUAAUAAAGUGCUUCCCUAACAA